UAGAAACCCCCAACAGAAAUUUCACGCGUUCUUUCCCCCCUCUUUCUCUCUCUAAAAACCUAAAACCCUAGCUUUUACCCUCUCUUUCUUUCUCUAAACUAGCUUGAUUUCUCUCUGAUCUGCAACCGAGAUUAGUGUAUGGAUGAUAACGAUAAAGUUGAUCCGAUCGCCGGCGGUUUCUCCGAUUCCACGUGGACGUUCUCCGGCGAUUACAGCUUUUUCGGCACAGAUGUGAGAGAAAAUAGCGUUUUAAACGAUUUCGGAUGGAACUUUAAUCCUCAACCGCCGGUUUUCGAUCGGAUUGGAUCUGACGGUGCCGGAACCUCCGUAUCGUUGCCGGAAGUAGGUACAGUUGCAGGUGCACGUGCGGUUGCUAGUGAUGUGCUGUCAGGAUCUGUUGAGGAAGCAGGGGAUGUAUCGGUGUCUAAUCCGUUAGCUACAUCGAGCUCAUCGGAGGAUCGACCGGAGCUUUCUACCGCUUCAAACGACGCCGUUUCCGGCGGUAAACCUCCGUCGUCAGAUCGAGCGGGUAAGGUUAAAAGGAAGGGACCCAAAAGAAUUCGUCAGCCACGUUUUGCAUUCAUGACCAAGAGUGAGAUUGAUCAUCUUGAAGAUGGCUACAGAUGGAGAAAAUAUGGACAAAAAGCUGUUAAAAAUAGCCCUUUUCCCAGGAGCUAUUACCGUUGCACAAACAGCAAAUGCACAGUCAAGAAACGCGUUGAGCGUUCAUCAGAAGACCCUACAACUGUAAUCACAACAUAUGAAGGGCAACACUGCCAUCACUCGAUAGGGUUCCCUAGAGGACUAGUAUCUCACCAUGAUCAAGGUGUCUAUGCAAGACAAUUGGCCCCCAAUUCCUUAGCCCUGAACCCGGUAAACUAUUCUAGUUCCAGAUCACAGUUCCAUGAUCAAGUACGCGCUAUUGGUUCACUGCAACCCCAGCCACAAGUGCUGUCGAAAGAAUCAGGAGAUCAUUUUUCUCAAAAGAUGGCUCAACCACCAUCUCAAGAUUCUCAUAAAGAUCAAGGGUUACUUGGGGAUAUUGUGCCUCCACGAAUGCGCAAUCAAUGAUGUAAAGGUUGUAACAAAGUAUUGUAUCAACGAAACAAAAGAUUAGAGAUUCAACUUCACGGACAUUUAAGCUGGUUGUUGCAGGAGAUUGCACUCACAGUUAUCCCACAUAGACGCAUGAAACUUUUGAUGAAGAUGCACUCACGUAAAUGAUUUUAUAUGUGAGUCCACUAAAUUGCUUCUAUCUCUUCGUAAUUUGUUCCAUUUCUUGAUCACUUUUGAGAUCAUUAAAUCUCAAACACUAGUUCUUAUGUUGUAUUUAUAUUAACUUAUAUUAUACGUCAAAUAUAAAUUCUCUAUAACUGAUAUGGACA